AUGACUGCCUUGGUUGAUCCAAUUACAAACAGAGGCGGGCUUCGAGAAUUUGUGAGGACCGAACCAAGUUGGGAAAUCCGUCUGGGAGACAGGUGGGUAUUCCAGGGACGAAUCCGCAAAACGGAUAGAGCCUUUAUUGCACAUUUCAAAUACGAAGACAGGGAAGGUGAAGACAAUAAUCCCCCUCACACCAAAGAUAUAGUUGCCAAGAUCCGCUUCCGACAGCCUACGGUAGGAGGUCGACCCAAUGGCUAUCCGGAAGCUUACAGAGGAGUCAUUAGUGAAGGACGGUUUCUUCAAUAUCUCUCUGGAUACUAUGCUUGGCGCCCUUAUGAUAAUCGCGACUGCAUACCCGACCGGCCCCAUAAUAUUUUGAGGCAUUAUCGUGAACAAUUCGUGCCGUCAGAUGAGAACGAACCAAUCAAUCGGAAUGUGGUCUCAUUCUUGGAAUAUUGUCCUGGUAUUGUGAUCAGUCUGACGCCCGAGGAUAAGACGCAGUAUUAUGACUUAGAUGUUUUCGAUAAGCAUAAUGAUACGUUCAUUGAAGAGGUUGAUAUAUGGAUCAUCUUUAUGCAGUUCAUGAGGAUGAUCCUGAUGAUGGAGUGUGGCAGUGAGAUUCCAAGGAACUCUCGUCAGAGGCGGUCUAUUUGGGAUACACGGAACGUGGAGAUAUGCCAUUACGAUAUCCAGCCGAGCAAUAUUUUGAUUGGAUAUAAGAAUCAUGAGAAAGACCGUGUUCCGGUACUUAAACUGUGCGAUUUCGGGGAUGCGCUCGAGGUUCCUCAGUUUGUUUUACAACAAAGUGCCGGGAGGUAUAGUUUUCCAAACCAAAGCAAUGGCCGGCCGGGCUACCAAGCUCCCGAACAAGUCAUCGCCGACACAGAGCAUGUACAUCCAUUCCGCCAUGGCUCGUGUAGCAACAUAUUUCAAUUUGCAAACAUCAUCCGUCUUCUAAUGCACGGAAGAAACUUUGCUGACUUUGAGAUACAUCCCGAAGAUCCAGCUUGGUGUGACGAGUACUUUGGAGACUACACCAACGCGAGGCCAAGGACGUACGGAUAUUCUCUGUCAGAGGGUCAAAGCAGAGUAAAUAGAGCUGGAAAUAAAGUAUAUAGUGAUGAACUAAUAGAACUCGUGCAAGAGUGCAUGAACGAAAAGCCCGAACUUCGACCUCGUCCCAUAAAUCUCUUUCACAAAGUGGGCGACUAUUUCCAUGACGCCGACGAAACUUACAACGAUCCCGAUUACCCCGGUCCAGGGGAAGACGAUCUGCACCGCCCAAAACAACCUUUCGGACCCGAGGCACCUAUAGUGAGAUACCCACCCAUCCAUCCUCUCUUCGGCCUCGCAACCCUCGCCCCCCCUCAUUUCCGCACCCCGCAACCCAACUGGCUGAAAGACUACUCCGAACACUACGAAGUUGAAAAUUUCGCCUGGCCGCCCACGCCCCGUACCGUUACUCCACAGUGGGCGCGAACGCAAGAUUACACCGAGGAUCACACCUACGUAGGCGACGAUCUGCCCGAACACGAACACGCUGCGUAUCCGCGCUCGCAGCCGCAGGUUCCGGAACGAUACCCGCAUGGUCCGCCCAUGAUCGAUCAGAGACCCAGUGUGAAUAUUCCGGAUCGGAGAAUCGAUGCCCCAGGUGGUAUUGCGAGGAAUUUGGGCCUUUUGAAGUAUUAUGAUCGCUUGGGUCAUAUGUGGAUGGGAGAGGAGAACUAUUGGAAAAUGUUGGAGGCGGGCUUAGAUCCUGAGACGUAUAAUUGGGGAAUGAGGAUUCCGGAUCCUGAAAUGGAUGAGGAUGAGAAGGCGUUGAGUGGGCCGGAGGUUGGGGAGUGA